AUGCCCCAGAUGAGGGGUGGAUCGAGUGAGGCCAGCGGUUUGAGUCUCGCCGAUCGAGGUAAGGAUAAUCAACGUGAAAAAACAGCUUUGGACCAAAUUCGUCGUGAUUGGAUAGUGGAGUACGACAAACUUUUUACUGAUGAUGAAUUAUCUGGUGAUGGAAAUAUAGAGCAAAGAAUUGUUAGUUCCCUCAUUCAUACACUACCGGCAGCUACAAUACGGUCUCUGACAAACAGCGGUUACAAAUCAGAUCGUGCAGUUUUUAUACAACCUACACCAGUUUUCAGCUCAGACAUCGUCAGUAUCAUCACACCUGAAGACGUUUCCUUUUUCUCCGAUAUUGAUUAUGACGCACAAGUUGAGAGCAUUAAAACCAGUGGCUUGUCUCGGUCUUCCAUCCCAUAUCCUGGUCCAUCAUCUCUGCUCAACACUCUUAUCUUCAAACCAUCUCCAACGUACAAAGAAUUGCCCACGACCCCAGAAUGGGCACUUACCCCCAGUUCAAGUCAAAAAAUAAGUUCCAGAGAACACUACGAUCGCUCAUUUCAUUACAACAUUGUCCCUUCUUUCCCAACUGGACCUACAUCAUCAUCUUUAUUAAACAUCAGUCCGUCAUUUGUAACCCCAACAGAAGCAUUUGUCCUUCUUCGUUCGACAACAAAAGCCUGUACAGCACCAGCAAUUGAAUCAUCUUUCAGAUGCAACUCAAACCUCGAUAUUGAGGAAGAUAUAGAAACCAGUUUAAUCGAGACCGAUUUUCGACUUUUACACUUAACGAGUACUAGUACACAAUUAACGUCUGAACAUACAGCAUUUCCUAUUGUUCAACAACUAUCACCUAACUUGGAGCGAAAUGCAAUGAUUUCGACUGAUUCUGAGCACGGGAUCGUUUCUGUCACUGUAGCAACCAUAAUACCCAUAUUCGAAGACCAUAACAAGAAUUCCGUAAGAAAUCCCACAAGGGAAGUAACUACUAGAUCAAACAAAAUUUACUCUUCGGCUCCUUUGAGUUCAGAGUCCUUAGAACAAACAGCAGCAACGAAGAAUCCGACAGAAUCACAACAAGACCAAUAUGAAUUACGAGAAUUUGAAUUUACCGAUCAAAUUUAUCCAUCAGAAAAUGAAAUGAAACAUACGAGUGGUAUUAUUCCAAUCAGAAGCAGCAACCUGCCAGAUAAUACACAUAUGGCUUUGCCUUUCAGUUUGUAUUCAAGCUUUAAUGAAACAUCCAACGUAUUAGAAAAUCGAUCUGCUUUUGAGAAUUCAACGACAGUUUUUACCACACAAUCGCAACCAUCUUUAAGCGUUUCAAAAACGAAUAAGAAUUGGACUGUCGAAGAAUCUGAAAUUAACAGCAUAUUACAAGCGUCUUCCCAUCAUUCGAAUAUUUCUAUAGCAGAAGCACCAUCUAGGGUCCAGUUCAAUUUUCAUUCUUUGACAGAAUAUUCACCGCAGAUCUUGUCGCCAACUUUCAGUACACGUGUGCCAACAGUUUCACAAAUCGUAACCAACAGAGAUCAUGGCCAAGCAACAGUGUCAUCAUCAGCUAUGAAUGUUCCCAGUUUGCUUUCUCCUACAUUUUUAGAUUAUGCAAGCUUGUACAACUCAAAUACAGAAGUAAGCACUUUUCAUAAAAUCACAAAUUCACAGUUGUUCACUCAACCACCAAUAUCAGGCAGGUCAAUAAUCGAAUUUAACGUUCCUACUUCAAACUCCAGACAAUUUAUUUCAUAUUUUAUGGACUCAACCGAUGAUCUCUCCUCCGUUAACAUAUCUCCAACCAUUGCAAUAAAUGAAGAAAUUGGUGAAAAAAACACAGCUCGUGCUGCACGCGACAGUUCAACAAAGAAUAAUAAUGAUAAACCACAACUCAAAAGGCCCGAUUCUCAGAAAAUUAAUCCGGUCAGAAGUUCCAGCAACCAUAUUCUGUCUUCGGCAGCUUUGAACUUCGAGCUCUUUAAAACAAUGCAGAGUAAAACAGAAACGUCCACAAACCCGACAGAGAGGUCCAGUCAUGUAACUGGAUUUCCGUUUGAACUAUCUUUAAAUACACGAAAAGAAUUGUUAGAACCAACGUCCAGUGAAUAUGAAUAUGAUGAGCAAGUGCCUUUUAUUUUUACAACAGAUAGAGUCGGUCAAAAACUAACAUCCAUGUCCACAAUUUCUACAAAAUUUCUUCUCCAUUCCUCGACCAUACCAGAUCCUCUAUAUACAACAACGAUAGCAACACUACCAACUAUACCAGUAGAUACCAGUAGUACGAAAACUACGGAUAUUUCACACAGUAUAAGAAUUACAACAAACAGUGGCUUCUCUUCUUCAGAAAGUUCCUCAUUUAUGGAUAAAACGAAAAAUUCCAUACAAACCGUUCCAACUACACCAAAUAUGAUAUGGACAACAAGUGAUAACUACUCAAGUUCGAUUGGCAUACAGGAGACGGUAACACCCACCACCACCUCAUCACAAAUCCAGCCUAAUACAAACAGACAGACAAACACGCCCACAGAAGUCUCCACAACUAAGGCAGUGAUGGGAAGUAGAGAAAACUCCAAGCAACCAGAUAAAAAGUUCUGGAUACGUACCGUUAUAGAAGCAGAUCCCUCGUGGCUACCUUCUAAUUUUUCGACGAUUAUGGAGGAAAGACUUGAGGUUGUUUAUGAGCAAGCGUUCGAAAAACGGGAAAAUAUUCAUUUUGGUUUUCACAGGAAGAAACGACAAGCAACAUGGAAAGGACGUAUAGACAUUCAACUAUGGAACUACACCGGGGACAGUGAUUUAAAGCACGUGAUGCUCGUAUAUACCGUGUCACGUGAUGGAAAACCAAUACUGGCUCCGAUAGCAGUGAAAGAUGUGGAGCUUCUUAGAAGUGAUGACGUCACACUAAUGUUAGGUUAUGUUGUUGUAACGAGAGCAGAAGCUUAUCUUGAACCCCCAGAAAAGCAAUCAGAGAAAACUCCAGAAUGGGUGACAUAUGCUGUCCUCGGGGGAUUAGGGGGUUUUGUGGUGUUCGUCAUCACUUGCCUGAUUAUUUAUUGUCGGUGUUGUCGGCCGAGAGGACCUCCUCCGACUCAGGUUGAACAACCAGAUGUUUCUUAUUCUUAUGGUCAACAGAAUCUUCAGCAGGUGUUUGAGAAAGGGACAGUACGGUUGGAUCUAAGAGGUGAAACUAAAGACGGAACAGAAUUCAAGGAGAAAAUUAGUAAAGAAUGUGAAAACUUUCGGCCUCUUCCAGUACCACCGGAAAGGCAACCAGACGAACCGGUUAAAUGUAAUGAAGAGCGAAGUAGUUCGUCCAAGAAGGCGCUAAAAACAAGAUCCAAUCAAAA